AUGGAUAAGAUCAUCAACGCUUGCUCUGAUUACCUGCAAGAUCAAUAUAGAUGGCAGAGGGGCAUGAAGGAGGAGCUCGAAAGGCUGCGAGAAAACCACCCUCAGAUCCAAGCUGUAGUCUCUACUUCCACCCAAACUCAGAUCGGAGAUCGAAACCCAGCACUUAACAUCUGGAUAUUGACCAAAAUAUCACAGCUACGAGAUGCCAUCGAUGAGGCAGAUGAUGUUCUUGAUGACUUUGAGUACGUGAAGCUUGAAGAACAACUUACCAGAAACAAGAAGCAGCAAAAGGUGUGUUCCACCAUGAGCUCUUCAAAGAAAAUUGGCAAAUGUGCUCUCAAGAUGGAUCCCAAUUUGAAGAGACUGGAGAAGGUUGUGAAGAAACUUGAUAAUGUUUCAGCUGAGAUCAGCACUUUCCUUCAUCUGAUCGGAAACACAAGUAAGAGCAACAGGAGCUGGAGCUUUAGUUGUGCGAAGAUUGUGAAACAGGAUGCUUGCCUAAAAAUGAUCUCAUCGGUCGAGGCGAGGAGAAGGAUUUUGUGGCCUAUUCCCACUAGAUCAUCAGUUUGA